CCCUCCCCUCUCUCUCUCUCUCUUUAUUAUAUAUAAAACAACGUUUUCUGGGUACUAAUUGUUGUUGUUCAUGUUGGAGGAGGGGAAUUGAGAGAGAGAGAGAAAGAAAGAGAGAGAGAGAGAGAGAGAGAGAGAGAGAUGGUGGGAAUGGGGCAAUGGUGGGGUCUGGUGUUGGUGGGGCUUGCGGUGAUGGGCGUCGGAGUGGGAGGGUACCCAGAAGAGGAUCUCGUGAGGGAGUUACCGGGCCAGCCCAGAGUUGGGUUCAGGCAAUACGCAGGCUAUGUUGAUGUCGAUGCGGCUGCAGGGCGGAGCCUCUUCUACUACUUCGCUCAAGCUGCUGCAGAUCCUCACAGCAAGCCUCUCACCCUUUGGCUCAAUGGAGGUCCAGGUUGCUCUUCAAUUGGAGGGGGGGCCUUCACUGAACUCGGACCAUUUUACCCGAAGGGUGAUGGUCGGGGCCUUCGAAUGAACAAAAAGUCAUGGAACAAAGCCUCCAACCUCCUCUUUGUUGAAUCUCCUGCCGGAGUCGGCUGGUCUUACUCGAAUACAACGUCUGAUUAUAAUUGCGGAGAUGAGUCAGCUGCUAAGGAUAUGUAUGUGUUCCUUUUGAGAUGGUACGAGAAGUUUCCCGAGCUCAAGUCAAGGGCCUUGUUUCUGACCGGGGAGAGCUACGCAGGGCACUACAUACCCCAACUGGCCGAUGUUCUUCUUACGCAUAACGAGAAAUCGACUGGUUUCAAGUUCAACAUCAAAGGAGUGGCUAUUGGAAAUCCGCUUCUCAAGCUCGACAGAGAUGUCCCAGCGACUUAUGAAUAUUUCUGGUCACAUGGCAUGAUUUCUGAUGAGAUUGGCCUUACCAUUAUGAACCAGUGUGAUUUUGAAGAUUAUACCUUCAAUGGCCCGCAUAACGUCACAAAAUCGUGCAAUGAUGCCAUCGCCGAUGCUAAUCAGGUGGUCGGAGAUUACAUUAAUAACUAUGACGUGAUUCUUGAUGUUUGCUACCCAUCAAUUGUGGAGCAGGAGUUGAGAUUGCGGAAAUACGCUACUAAGAUUAGUGUGGGGGUCGAUGUAUGCAUGACUUACGAAAGGCACUUCUAUUUCAACCUUCCGGAAGUACAACACGCUCUUCAUGCUAACAGGACAAACUUGCCAUACAGUUGGAGCAUGUGCAGUGAUGUUUUGAAUUAUAGUGCAACCGAUGGUAACAUCAACAUCUUGCCAUUGCUCAAGAGAAUCGUUCAGCAUCACAUACCAGUUUGGGUUUUUAGUGGUGACCAAGAUUCUGUUGUUCCCCUCCUCGGCUCUCGAACACUAGUUCGGGAACUGGCUCAUGACUUGAAGUUCGGCGUGACAGUGCCUUAUGGUGCUUGGUUCCACAAAGGCCAGGUCGGUGGCUGGGUAACGGAGUAUGGAAAUAUAUUGACAUUUGCGACAGUGCGAGGUGCUGCUCACAUGAUUCCCUAUGCGCAGCCCGAUCGAGCCCUCCGUCUCUUCCGAUCCUUUGUAAAUGGACAAAGACUUCCCAAUACAACCUAUCCUUCCAUUGAUUGAACACUCUUCUGACUACGAGGCUUGCGUUUUGCCAACAAAUAGUUCAUAGAGUAACCUAAGUGUUUACCAUUUCUUUUACUCUUUUUUUCUUUUUUUUCUGAGAGAUAAAUUGAUUUGAAUAAGUAAUUGUGAUAUAUUCCUGUCAAACAAGUUUCUGAUUUGUAAUGCAUUAUCUUUGUAAUUGUCAUA